AGCCAAUUCUAUAAAUUGAUUCGCUAAUUAAAGUAAACGACAACUUCUUACAACAACUUGUUGAGGUUUUUCCUUUGAUCGAUCUCUGUAUUUUCGUAGUUAGUUGAAGAGAAGCAAAAUUUGAAGAGAAUGGUGAAGAAGAGUUACCCGGAAGUGAAAGAAGAGUACAGGAAAGCUGUUCAGAGAUGCAAGAGGAAGCUCCGUGGUCUUAUCGCUGAGAAACAUUGUGCUCCCAUCGUCCUUCGUCUUGCAUGGCACUCGGCUGGGACAUUUGACGUGAAGACGAAGACUGGAGGACCGUUUGGGACGAUUAGGCAUCCUCAAGAGCUAGCCCAUGAAGCUAACAAUGGUCUUGAUAUUUCCGUCAGGCUUCUUGAGCCUAUCAAGGAGCUGUUCCCUAUGCUUUCAUAUGCUGAUUUCUAUCAGCUAGCUGGAGUUGUUGCUGUUGAAAUCACUGGAGGACCCGAGAUUCCAUUCCAUCCUGGUAGACUGGACAAAGUUGAGCCACCUCCUGAAGGUCGUCUGCCUCAGGCCACCAAAGGUGUGGAUCAUCUAAGAGAUGUGUUUGGUCGGAUGGGACUCAAUGACAAAGAUAUUGUUGCAUUGUCUGGUGGACACACCUUGGGUCGGUGCCACAAGGAGCGCUCAGGAUUUGAAGGAGCAUGGACACAAAAUCCUCUUAUUUUUGACAACUCCUAUUUCAAAGAGAUAUUAAGCGGAGAGAAAGAAGGACUUCUUCAACUACCAACCGACAAGGCUCUUCUCGAGGAUCCUCAUUUUCGUCCAUUUGUUGAGAGAUAUGCUGCAGAUGAGGAUGCCUUCUUUGAAGACUACUCGGAAGCUCAUCUGAAGUUGUCUGAACUUGGGUUUGCUGACUAAGGAGUAAUCAGCUGGAAUCUGGCGUCAAUGCCCUAUUUCUUGAUUACUGUUCCCCCGCGUUAUCAUUGUAAUCAUAUUAAAAAAACAGAACAAAAAAACAGUAAAAUCGAAUGUUGUAUUGUACGUGUGUCUUGGGGUUGUUUGUAACUAAUGAAUAAGACAACUCAGUUGAUGUAAACAAACAAGUCUCUUUACAACAUUUUCAUAUACA